CGGCAGGGGGCGCCACAACCCGCACAGCGCUGCGAGCCCCGGGGGGUGGGGCGGGAGGGAUGUACCGUAGUGACCGGAACGCGGGGCUGCCGUCCGCCUACCGUAUUUACUGUACUUAAUGGGAAUGACGAUGCGGCAGCGAGAACGCAUCUUUAUUUAAAUGUUUUUAAAAGCAGCGUUAUGGGCUGUGCUACUCCUGCAGCUGCCCCAUCAGGGGCUGCUCACCGCGCUGAUUUAUUGCUGGCUUUCUGACCUUCCCUUGGUCAAAGCCCGCGUCCCCCUGCUGGGUUUAUGACCUCUUAUCUCACCUUUUCUCCCAAAAUGUCGCCAGGCCCCUGAGUGCCCGCACACCCCCACCCAGCAGGGCUCGCACCUGCAGGGCCGUGGCGGGGUCCCGCUGCCCGCAUCCCGCCCCCCUUCAGCCGCCCCGGGCAGCAGGGAGCCGGGCGCAGCACUUCCUCGUUGUCCGCCUCCCGCCCGCCCCGCACGCAGGUGAGGCCGUGCGGGAGCCGGCUGUGCGCGAUGGCGUACCGGGAGCUGCUGAAGCGCUGGCACCAAGCCGUGCUGGCAGCGGACGGCGGGGAUUGGGACGCGGCUUUGGACGCGUUCUGCGGCAUCGAGGAGCCGCCGGCCAGGAUCUGCUUCAACGUGGGCUGCGUGCAUCUGCGGGCCGGGCGGCUGCGGGACGCCCUGCGGGCAUUUGAUAAAACAGUUACAAAGGACAACUCCCUUGCAGUCGGCUACUUUCAGAGAGGGUUUGUUUGCCUGCAGUUGGAAAUGUAUGAAGAAGCUCUCUCUGACUAUCAUCUGGCCUUCAGUCAUCUAAGAAAAAAUCCCUUCAUUGAUUACAAGCAGCUGGGGCUGAGGCACAUUCUCUAUGCAUGGGAGGUGCUGUACAGCACUGCUGCCACACAGUGCCGGCUGCAGCAGUGGCAGGAGGCCAAAGAGACCCUAGAGAAGGCCGUCGUGUGGAGACCUGAAGGAAGAUCAGCAACGCUGGCCCUGGCCCUUGAGCGAGUGCAGAAUCAUCUAUUCUUAGAGCCCAUGCAGGUUCCCCUUGGUGAAUUUUUCAGACCACGGAAGAAGGAAGUUGAACAGCUGGAUUCAAAAGAUUUCCUGGGUAAACCCAAGGUGAUCUCAUCCAUCAUUCCCAAUGAUGAGUACAUUGGCUUUGAACCUCUCAGGCCACAGAAACAGGGCUUUUAUGAACCCAGUGCUGAUGCUGUGAGAGACCGUGAAUCAGGCUACUAUCGAGUUUUGUCCCAUUAUUACCCUGAGGGAAUGGAGAACUUGGCAGUGAAAGCCAGCAGCCUGGUCUUUGUGCUGGCAAGAGGAGCAGAUGGCUGGGCCACAGCCAUACAUGAUGGGCAGAAGCUGCACAUACCGACCUCUAUCCUGGAGCCUGCCUCAAAGAUGGAUAAAUGGAAGAUCAGCGAUGGGAUUCCUCUCCCUCCUGCCCAGGUGCCUCCCAGCCGGCUCCAUGUGAAGCAGACACCAGAAUCUCCCGGGGAAGAAAAUGUUUCUGCAAAUGAUUCUGGAUCCCCAGUGGAUUUUGAAAUCCCGCUCACCCACAGAGAUGCUUCGUCCAGCACGGACAGACCAGCUGUGCUACGGGUGCUCUGUGAGUGCACGGUGGUGGUGAGGCCAGGCGAGGUGCCCUCCGUGCCGGCGCUGCGGGCGCUGCUCCGGGAGCGUUUUGGCCAGCAGGCAGAGCGUGGGAGGCUGAGCUACAGGCAUUUGGAUGGCAAAGAACUAGGUGCAGUUUCAGGAGAGGAAGAUCUAGGGAAGAUGUGGCAGCAGCUGACAGAUGGCAGGAUCACACUCUGCUGCCAGGACUCGGGCUCCCACUCAGGCAGACCCAUCCUCUACCGGAUGCUGGCUCAGCACUCAUACCCAGCACAGGGACCAGGAGACCUGGAGUUCAGCAAGGGGGAUGUGCUGGAUAUUCUCUCUGAAGUGAACAAGGACUGGCUUGAAGGACACUGCAAUGGCAAGACUGGCAUCUUUCCUAAAUGCUUUGCAACCCAGACCAGUUGUGCUGCCUUCCCAUAGGGAACAGGAGCCUUC